AUGAACAGCAAUACUGCAACGUUAUCUGAAAUGCUAAAAGAAUUACUUCGAAGAAUUCCCAAAGAGCCAACUGUCGUCCAACCAAGAGAAGUUGCGAGUGAAGUGGCAUAUGGAAAACGAACAAAGCAAAGUUCAGAUUAUUAUGCUUACGCCAGUGCCGCUGUCGAUGGAAAUUUAGACACACAUACACAUACAGGACUUGACACUGCACCUUACUGGGAGGUUGACCUAGGCAAAGCAUACAAGAUAGAAAGGAUAGAAAUUUUCAAUAGGAAAGGUUGUUGUGGAGAACGACUUCACGACUUGGACAUAACAAUUGGAUCUGCACACAAUCAGAUGUAUUUGUGUACGCAUUACAAAGGACCUGGUCGCAAUGGAGAACAUCUCAUAUUCACAUGUAACGAUAAUACCAAAUAUGCACGUUACGUAAGGUUAACGAUCAAGGGGAGAGAAUAUCUCCAUGUUGGUGAAGUGAAAGUUUAUGCAUUAAAUGGCUGA